GAGAACUGGAAGUUGGUGCUGAAGGCUGGUAAGACAUCCAAGCUGGGCUUCUCCUCUCCUUUGUGGACCAAUAACGAUUUGCUGAACAAAGAUUCCGCAGAAGACAAAGCAGAGGAUGCCAAGUACGAAGCUUUCAACACGGUGCCGUUCAAAAAGAUUCGAAUGUGUGUGGACGAACCGAAGGAUAACUGUGUGGAGCACGAGUUCAAGAAAGAGUAUGACAAUGCCAAAGCUUUGUUCAGCGCCAAGUACAUCAAAGACACGAAGGUGGAUAAGAAAGGAAUUCUUAAGGCCUUCAAGGUGAAGAAAGGUACUUACCAGGACUGCCCCAUGCAGAGGCCUGGCUUCAACAUCGAGUGCAAAGGCGGCAACAAAGCCCGUUGGGGCUACUGCAACAACUGUGCCACCCAGGCCUGCCAGAACAACGACAACGACGAUGCUGAUGGCGCGAUUGGAAUUGGGAUCGCAGGCCAGUCAACCACCGGCGAGCUUGGAGCAGGUUGGACUGCGUACUUCGCUUCUCCCGGGGGGCAGUGCACAGCCAACGGCAAGACACACAAGGCCGUGACUUGGCCGCUAGGAUGA